CAUUUUAAUCCGUAACUGCAUUCACCAAUACGAUUCAGACUGCACCGGCCGACAUCGUUGGUUCUAUGUGCAUAUACAUUAUAUCUAUGAGUUGGUCCCGGUCACGGCGCAGCCACCAAACACUAGCUCGGUGAAUCUAUGUCACGCAGGGCAUCGGGGGGUUGCAACCCCUAGAGCAGACUGACUCGGUUUUCCUCAGUGCACAACGAGCCACCCUCACGAGCCACCGGCAUACAAUUCGUCGCUCUCUGUAUGAAAUUGCCUAUUUGCUGUACACUAAUUAUUUUCCAGUGCACAUGUAUAGAAUACAUACACUGCAGUGUAAAUCCCGUCCUGAAUAUUAUACAAUAAUAAUAGAAUUUUGAGCGAGAGUGAAUGCUGGUGACUGUGUGAUAAAUCGAAAACAUCUCACGCAUCGCUCGAGUUAUUAAUCGCAAGUAUUUAAAAGAAUUAAAUAAGAAAAAUUAGAAGGUCAUCCGAAGCGGUGAGCUCUAAGAAGUUUAGUUCCAUAAUAGAACAUUUUUUAUUAUCGAAAUAAAUUUGUAUAGUUAAUACAAAAAAAGCUUUGAUAUUCAGUACGUAAUUACAGUCUAAGAAAAAUAAGAUUUAUUUCAAUAUUAGUCAAGACUAAUUACGAAGGCCUAUCAAGUACAAGAAGAAGGCCUUUGUAAACUCUGCGGGGACCAAAAAGUUCCGAUCCAUCCAAUAUCGAGUAAAACACCAAAAGUAAAAUCAAACAUGUUUAAUCUCUAUCAAAAUAUGAAUCGGAAGGAUGAGACUGAAUCUAAUCGUCAAUCCGUGGUGACCGGACAUGAUCGAUUCUGUCAGGAACGUCCAAAGAACCGUCGCAAGCGUCGCAGUGUCAAUCGCCGUACGCAAAGCGCAAUCGAGCUCGAUUCCGACGCUAUGAUAACAGCUCGCGACGUCCUGCGUCGGGGUCGCAGCGCCAGCAUAGAGGACGAGGAGAGUGAAGAGGAGAGGUCUGGUUACCAGCUGAGCAACAAGAUAGACAAUCUUGCAAAAAUUCUUUUCAAUCGUGUUUCCGCUGCCCGUGGAUGUAGAGAACAGCAUGAGAUGAGAAGUAGCCGUCAUCAGUACACUUCAUUGAGUAAUGGCGCGUCCGUGUGCGAUGAUGUUGAAGAAUAUGUGGAGAUGGAGAAAAGGUCUAGAGACCGUGCUCUGAGCAUUUGCCAGACUUAUAUACAGGGUAGCUCACGAUACAAUCUGAUAAAACAAUUAAACAAUGUUGGAUCCAGAGUGGAUAAGCACUGGUUUGCAGUGAGGGACACUACGUUGAAAGCGGACAGACUUAUAACGCUGGUUCCAUUGAAUAAAAAUUGCUCGCUAAGCAUUUGCCCUUCGACCAAGGAUAUACUGAACAAUCUAUUCCUGGCGCUGCAGCAUCCGUACAUCUGUCCAGUUCUCGACCUCGAGUUCGUGGAGUUUGAGAGUCAGAAUUACGUGAUCUUGGUACAGCCGAUUAAUCAGGGCAGCUUGAAGGAUCUUAUAUAUGGGAUUGAGAGGAAUUGCUGGAAUGAGGAUUGGAGUCAAAAAUAUGCAACACGUGGUAAGGGUCUACCUCUGCCACAGAUCCAACAAAUGGGCAGACAGAUUCUGGAGGCACUGAUGUUCUUGAAGGAACGUGGUUUCCCUACGGUGACUCAUCUGCACUCUGGCAAUGUCAUAGUACAAAAUGGCGUAGCACGUCUUGCUGGACUUGAAAAUACUCUUCUUACAUUUACCAGUAGAAUUCAUCCUGUGGUUACUUCUCGUCUGUCGCAUACCAGCUUCAUAGAUACAAUAUGCUUUGGUCAUGUUCUAUUUGAAAUGUGUGCGGGGUACGAAUUAUGCACUUUUAAACCUACCCCAGUGCAUCUUUCUGAUCUUGACAAAUAUCCACAAGUUGUGGAACUUCUGGAUUUGAUCUUUGAGCAGCAGAGUUCUCGUUAUCCUACUGUGGAGGAACUUCUGCUGCACGAUCUAUUCCGCAAUAUAGAUCUUCGAGAAAUGCGCAGUGCGCCCGUUACAAUAUUUCGUCCAACAUUAACACCAUCAAUAAUAAAUCUUCUCGAUGGUAUCAAAAGACAGAAUACCGGCAAGAGGCACAGAUCGCAUUCCACAAGUCAUGUUUUACCAACACGCAGAUGUCGUUGACUCGCUAGCCAAGACAGCGAAAAUAUGAUAACUCUUAAAAGUCCAGAUGCCGAGUACACCGAGAAUUGCUCGCUACUCGCUCAAAUAUACAACGAGCUUUCAAAUACUAAGUUAUAAAAAGAAAUGGGAACAAUUUUCAUCUUAAUACAACGAUAUCGAAUUCGUACAUUUCGCUACUAAGUGCCAAAGAUACUCUUAUCAGUGACACAAAAGUAAAGAAUAAUGCUAUACAAGGUUGUAGGUAUAUGAUAUAAGGAAGAAUAAAAGUAACUAAAAGAAA